AUAGCUACAUGAAAAAUAUUAAGAUUUCAAGAUGCAGUGUCACCUAUUAAAGAACAAUUAAUUAUAUUUCAUGAUCACACUAUAAUAAUUAUUAUAAUAAUUACAACUACAGUAUUAUAUAUAAUAAUUUCAUUAACUAUCAAUAAAUUAUCUAACCGAAAUUUACUUGAAGGGCAACUUAUUGAAUUAGUAUGAACUCUUAUACCAGCUAUAUUAUUAGUAGUAAUCGCAAUACCAUCACUAAAAAUUUUAUACUUAAUUGAAGAAAUUAAUAAACCAUUAAUUACUAUAAAAGCAAUUGGACAUCAAUGAUAUUGAACAUAUGAAUAUUCAGAUUUCAUAAAAAUUGAAUUUGAAUCUUAUAUAAAAAAAACAGAAGAUUUAGAAAUAAAUGAAUAUCGACUUAUUGAAGUAGACAAUCGAAUUAUUAUACCAUUUAACACUAAAACACGAAUUUUAGUUUCAUCAACAGAUGUUAUUCACUCUUGAACUAUUCCAGCAUUAGGAAUUAAAAUUGAUGGAACCCCUGGACGAAUUAACCAAGGUAGAAUUAUAAUAAUACGACCUGGAGUGUUUUACGGACAAUGUUCAGAAAUUUGUGGGGCAAAUCAUAGAUUUAUACCAAUUGUAUUAGAAUCAGUAAACAUAAAAACAUUUAAUAAUUGAGUAAAAAGAUUCCUAUAG